CUCAAUUCCAUUCAAAGAUAUGGCUUCAUCUUCCUCCUCUAAACCCACAAAUUUCAACCAAAAACUCUUCAUCAUCUCCCUCUUCCUCAUCUCCUUCUCCCUCCUCAUCAUCGUCUUCUCCUUCAAGCCGCAACCAACCCAUUUCCCCGACUCUCCCUCACUCCAAACCGAGCCUCUCCCCCUCACAAACAAGCCCAAAUGGCUCGAACUCAUUCGGGAACACGUCGCCGGUCAAAAAAUCAAAGUUGGUUUAGUCAAUGUAAAUAAUUAUAUACAUGACGUCCAUGGAACGUCCGCUGAAACCGUUCAUAUACAUUUCGAUCGUGUUCCCGAUGAUAAAAGAUGGGGUGACUUUUUCCCGGAAUGGAUUGAUGAAGAUCACAAGUGGCAGACGCCGUCGUGCCCGGAAAUUCCGAUGCCAAGGCUGGAAGAGUACAGGGACCUUGAUGUGAUAGUGGCGAGAGUUCCAUGCGGAGGAGGAGACGAGAAGGAGGGGAUUAGGGAUGUGUUUAGGUUACAGGUUAAUCUCGUGGUGGCAAAUCUUGCGGUGGAGAGUGGGAGGGUGAACCCGGAUUCUGAUCGGACGGUGUACGUUGUGUUUGUGGGGUCUUGUGGACCUAUGAUUGAGAUAUUUAGAUGUGAUGAUAUGGUGAUGCAUGUAGGGGAUUACUGGGUUUACAAGCCGGAAUUGAGAAGAUUAAAACAAAAAGUUAUUAUGCCUGUUGGGUCAUGCCAAAUCUCUCCUGGAUAUGCAGAAACCGUUGCAGGAAAAGAGGAAUGGAGAUAUUUCUUGCAAACAAAAUUGAAUUACACCGCACACUAUGAAACAGAAGCCUAUGUAACAGUUCUUCAUUCCUCAGAAGGUUAUGUUUGUGGAGCAAUCGCGUUGGCACAAAGCAUAAUCCAAAGCAACACUAAAAGAGACCUUGUUCUUCUUCAUGAUAAAUCUUUAAGUGACAAAUCUAUACGUGGACUUCGAGCUGCCGGAUGGAAGACGAAGCUAAUUUCGCGUAUUCGCAGCCCGUUUUCCGUAAAAGACUCAUACAAUGAAUGGAACUACAGCAAGCUUCGUGUAUGGCAACUCAUUGAAUAUGAGAAAGUAAUUUUUAUCGACGCCGAUCUUCUUGUCUUACGGAACAUCGAUAAGUUCUUCUUUUACCCGCAGUUAUCAGCUGCAGGAAACGACGGAUCGUUGUUCAACUCAGGGAUUAUGGUGAUCGAGCCAUCUUUGUGCAUGUUCGAGAAGUUAAUGGUGAAGAGCUUCAAAGUGGCUUCAUAUAACGGAGGGGAUCAAGGUUUUCUCAAUGAAAUUUUCACAUGGUGGCAUAGAUUGCCUUCGAAGAUUAAUCAUCUCAAGGUGUUUCGUACUCUUGAUAAUAAGGAUGGCAACAACGAUGAACAUCGAAUCCCGGAAAAUCUUUAUGCGAUUCAUUAUCUGGGAUUGAAGCCAUGGUUGUGUUACAAGGAAUAUGAUUGUAAUUGGGAUAUGGUGGAUCACCAUAUAUUUGCGAGUGAUUCAGCUCACAAGAAAUGGUGGAGAGUUUAUGAUGCCAUGCCGAAGAAGUUGCAGAAAUUCUGUGGGUUAACAAAGCACAUGAGUUCGAGGAUUAAGAAGUGGAGAUGGAUAGCUAGAAAUUCAAGUUUUGUUAAUGGACAUUGGAAGAUUAGAAUAAGAGAUCCUAGACAAUACCAUCUUGUUCAAUAA